AUGGCUAGUGAGGAGAGUUUCGGAGUGUUGGUUCACCACAGAGGAUCCAUUAAGAAGAAAACUCGUUCCGGUGUGAAGUUCACUGAUAAGGAUCCUCUCUGUAUUAUCGUCACGCCUACGACGAGGUAUGAGGACCUUGUUAGCUCUGUACUGCUGAAACUUGGUCUGGAAGGUGUGAAACGGGUUAAGAAAUUUUUUUAUCGAUUUUCAAUCACGGUGCUCCAGAACACCGUAAAGUACGAUUGUUUCACGAUCGGGAGUGAUGAGGACUUGCAGGUCAUGUUUCAUUGUCGCCGGCAGUUUCCAGAGGUGAGGACACCAGAACUGUUGGCAAACUCCAGACCUGUCGUUGCAUCUUCCUCCGUCCCUACGUACGAGCCACCUGUCCAACCUGUCGCCUCCCCUUCGUUCGCUGUUGAUCUCCACGAAAGUGUAGGCGACGAGGUCGGACAAGGGGAGUAUCUGCCGACAUCUUUACAGUGUGCUGCACCGGCUUGUGUUGGAGAUGGAUUCUUGGAUGAUCCAGAGGACGAUGAUAUCGAGCCGAAUAUGAUUGCUGAUGACAGUGGAGAUGAUGUUGGAGCAAGUGAUCCUGCUGGGGUGGGCGGUGGUUCUAGCUCCGGCACGCAGCAGUACCCUCCACAUUUUUCCUCUUUGGACUUGGAUGCCAUGAGGCAAGAGGGGGUUGCUGGGCAGCCGGUUGGAUUUGGCGCUAGAGAUGCUAAAGGGUCUGCAGGUUUGACAGAGUUUCAGGUUGGUCAGCAAUUUUCAGAUAAAGAAGAGGCCCUGUUAAGUGUCAAGACUUACAGCAUCCGGCGAGGGGUACAGUACAAGGUCGUGGAGUCUGACUAUCGCCGGUAUGUGGGCAAGUGUUCUGAGUUCGGCAAUGGGUGCACAUGGUUGAUUCGGCUCAGUCUCCGACAGCGCAAGGGGAUUUGGGAGGUCAAACGUUACAACGGACCGCAUACUUGUCUCGCCACCUCCAUUUCCAGUGACCACAGGAGUUUAGAUUAUCAUGUGAUAUCGGCAUUCAUUAUGCCAAUGGUUAGGGCUGAUGCAUCCGUCAGUAUCAAGGUGCUCCUAAAUGCCACCGCCGCACACUUUGGGUUUAGGCCGACUUACAGGAGGGUCUGGUUGGCGAAGCAGAAGGCUGUUGCCCUCAUCUAUGGUGACUGGGAUGAGUCGUACAACGAGCUCCCAAGGUGGGUGUUAGGUGUCCGGUAG